AUGCCCACAGAGGAGGUCGCCCAAUGCAAGGGUAGUGUUGGAAACGCAGGAGACUCCAGCAAACAGCUAGAUGCCGCUGCGUUGGAUCCAGAGUCAGAUGUAGAUGUGCCGGUCGAAGCAGAGGAGCUUCAGGAAGCCCUCUCGCGACCACCCCCGGUUAAUAGUAGCUACCUUCCCCUCCCUUGGAAAGGCAGGCUCGGCUAUGCUUGCCUAAACACCUAUCUGCGAUAUGCAAACCCCUCAGUGUUCUGCUCUCGCACCUGCCGCAUUGCUUCGAUCUUGGAGAACCGACAUCCUCUCCAGGAUCCUUCCCAACCUCCGCAUGCCACAAAAAAUCGCCCCGAUCGAACGCAACCCGCCGAUGUUGCACGUGGGCAGGCCUAUGUGGAGUCCCUCGGACUGACCAAUGCGCGCGACCUGGUCAAGAUACUCCGCUGGAAUGAGCGCUAUGGCAUACGGUUCAUGCGACUAAGUAGCGAAAUGUUUCCUUUCGCCAGUCACAAGGAGUAUGGGUAUAAGUUGGCUCCAUUCGCCUCUGAAGCCCUCGCGGAUGCGGGGCGGGUCAUUGCUGAGCUUGGCCACCGGGUGAGUGUACACCCAGGUCAGUUUACUCAGCUCGGGUCCCCCAAGAAAGAAGUGGUUGAGAGCUCCAUCAGAGACCUCGAGUAUCAUUCCGAGAUGUUGCAGCUUCUCCGUUUGCCCCCGCAGCAGGACCGUGAUGCUGUCAUGAUUUUGCACAUGGGUGGCGUCUUCGGCGAUAAAGAGGCCACAUUAGACCGAUUCCGGGAUAACUACAAGAAUCUCUCUCAAGAUAUCAAGAACCGCCUCGUGUUGGAGAAUGACGACGUCAGUUGGUCUGUCCAUGAUCUCUUACCCAUCUGCGAGGAGUUGAACAUUCCUCUGGUUCUGGACUUCCACCACCACAACAUUAUCUUUGAUUCCAGCCAGGUUCGGGAGGGUACACUCGAUAUUAUGGGUUUGUACGACCGGAUUAAAACAACCUGGACCCGAAAAGGUAUCACACAGAAGAUGCAUUAUUCGGAGCCGGUAGCCUCGGCCAUCACAAAAAGCCAACGCAGGAAGCACAGCGACCGUGUGUCGACUUUGCCUCCCUGUGACCCUACGAUGGAUCUGAUGAUCGAAGCCAAGGACAAGGAGCAAGCUGUGUUCGAACUUAUGCGAAAUUUCAAACUCCCGGGCCAUGAGCUUCUCAACGAUCUGGUCCCCUAUGUCCGUAGCGAUGAGAACAAACCGUUCAAACCACCGCGAAAGACGAAGAAGAAUGGGGGAUUUGUUGAUCUUGACGGUCUGGUUCCGCCCCCUCGCACCAUCCCUGAAGAGGAGGUCAGCAUGGGUGGACCUGAGGGUAGGGUCUACUGGCCUCCUGGAAUGGAGGAAUGGCUUCGGCCCAAGAAAAUCGUCCGUGCGAAAGCAGCCCAGAGUCCACGGGCAUCGCGUGGCUCCAAGAAUGGUGAUACUGGCGACAAUGGAGAGGGUCCCUCCCCCAACGGGGAGGACGCUAAAGCUGCUCUGACUACACCGGCUUCUAAAUUGCCUUCGCGUGCCCGACGCCCCGCUAGCGUCAAGAAACAAUCCACGAGGAAGCGGAAAGCUUCCCCAACCAUCUCAACUCCAUCGGCCUCGGAAGAUGACGCGCAGGACGCGCCCGAAACUCCAAGUCUUCAACGGUCUCGAAGCACGGGUGCCCGACGGUCUCGCCGGGUGAAAACGGUCAAUUAUGCGGAAGACAGCGAGUCUGUUUGA